AUGGAGGAGGAUCAAGAUUUCGCAGUCAGGCCAGGCUUGGAACUGGAUGGCACCGAAGAAGAAAAAGGCUGGAAAUUCUACAUCGGGUCUAUCUGUAACCGCCGGACCACUAAUGACAUAGUGUCUGAUAUGUGGCGUCAAGGCGAAAAGGGCUGGACCAAAGAUAUCCCCGAUCUCCUCAGAAAAACAAUGGACGCGGAGCGUGUUGUAACAUCAUGGUACCAAAUCUCGCUAGGGGGAAUCCAGUCCGCAAAAGACAACCCAGACCUGAGAUUCUUCUUCCGUGGUCGGUACCACAUGGCACUGGAGAGGAUCUACCGACCAGCGUUCUACCUCGCGAUGCACUUCCAGGGGAUGCCUACAUUCAUCAAAAAGAACAACCCAAUAUGGGCAGAAGUGUUCCACCUGGCACAAAGGGCCAUUGAAAACUGCGUCACGCUAAUCCCAAGCUACUGGUACCAGUUCCGACACGAAUGGAUCUGGAAUGUGGUGCGUGCCAGCUUCGCCUGUGCUGUACACAUCCUCGGGGCUGUUUUAUAUCAGCUCGAGGCAUCUCGGGACCCUAUUAAGUAUACAACGGGUUGUCCUCCGAAGAUCCGCCCCACCACAACUUUUUCCUCUUCACUUCAGCACUUCAGCACUUCAUCCCAUUCCACCUCUCAACGUCUCCUCUCCAACUUUCUCACCAUGGAAGAAUACAAACCCCCACCUCUCCCCUCUCCCUUCAACCAUACCACUCCACCACCAACCCUCCUCACCCAAGGCGCUGAAGCCCACCUCUACAAAACAAUCUCUCUCAACCCCUCCAUCCCCGCCGCGCUCAAGAUCCGCCCAUCAAAACCCUACCGCCACCCAAUUCUCGACCGCCGACUCACCCGCUCACGGAUAACCUCGGAAGCACGAUGCCUGGCGAAACUUGUACGGGACGGUGUGAGCGUUCCAGCCCUUCUAGCCCUGGAUUGGGAGGGACACGGCGGCUUAGAAGGUGGGUGGGGCGGCGCCUGGUUGAUGAUGGAAUGGAUUGACGGGCCGGUGGUGCGGGUAGUUCUGGAGCAGUGGGAAGCAUGGAUGAAGCAGAAUCAAGGCUCGCUAGAUGAGUCACAGAUCGAAAACGAAGAGGCGCGUGUGCGCGGCUUGCUGAGAAAAAUGGGCGCUGCUAUUGGUGUCUUGCACAAGGCUGGUGUUGUGCACGGAGAUUUGACCACCAGUAACUUAAUGCUGCGGCAAUCUGCGGAUGCAAGUGAUGCUGUCGAUGGCGCCGGCUCGCCCUCUAUGGAGGGGGAUGUUGUGUUGAUUGAUUUCGGUCUUGCGUCGCAGAGUAAUCAGGAUGAGGACCGGGCGGUUGAUUUGUAUGUGUUGGAGCGGGCGAUUGGAAGCACGCAUCCGCGCUCAGAGCCUAUGUUCGAUGCGCUUAUUUCAGGUUACCGGGAUAGCUACAAGGGUGCUCUUUCUGCGCUGAAGAGGCUUGAGGAUGUGCGCAUGAGAGGGCGGAAGAGGAGCAUGCUUGGUUAA